CUAGCCAUGAAAGGGUUAAGCACGAGGCCCGGCCUCUGUUAGGCAUUAUUUCCUAAUCUGCAGCAGAGUUAUCAAGACCUCCAGAGUCAAGGGACGCUUUCAACUAGAAGUGGGUGAGGAGUUAACUGCUGGCAGUAGUGCUGUGUGUAGGCAGAAAACGGCAGCCGGAGGAAAAGGAGUUGCAAGAUAAGAAAGAACACACGUGGAGGUUAAAAGAGGCAAAAAAGCAAAGGAGCAGAACAAAGGCAAACCAGACAGGGGACCGAAAGAGAACAAAGACGAACAAAGGAGGCUGUUUUGGAGCACGGGCUCAAAGUAAGCAAAAUUGGUACGAGAAAAAAACAGACCGUCAUGACAUACCGGCUGUUUGAGGGGAAGGAUCAUGCCUCCAUCUACCAAAGAUAUCGCUUUACACCACCAGAUGAGGUCAAGAACGUUAUUCUUCAAUACCUAGAUAAAAAGAAGGGACAGCCACAUGUGCUGGCAGUGGAUCUGGGAUGUGGGACGGGUCAGAAUUCCCGGCCACUGGCACCGUACUUCCAGGAAGUGGUGGGCAUCGACAUCAGUGAGUGUCAACUGGAGGAGGCCAGAUCUGUGCCCGGGUACCCUAACGUCACAUACAGGAAGGGGACAGCCGAGGAGCUUCCUUUUCAAGAUGGUUCUGUAGACUUGCUCACAGCAGCGUCAGCAGCCCACUGGUUUGAUCAGACGAGGUUCCUGGUUGAGGCAAGUCGGGUCUUAAAACCCCGGGGUUGCAUAGCUCUACUGGGCUUCAGUGACUCUAACACCAGAUUUACCUACCAGGACUGUGGAGAAAGACUCAAUCACAUUUAUGACGAGGUGAAGCAGGUGCUGUUGCCAUACACUAACAAUCAAGUUGCUCUAGCUGAGAGUAAGCUGGAGGCGCUCUACUCAGCCAUCCCCUUUCCCGACAAGGAGAGGAUUGAAAGUAUUUGGGUGAACUCGACAAUCUCCGUGAGGAACCUGGUGGGAUUUAUUGAGUCCUGGUCCAUGUCCCAAGUCUACAAGAAGAAAGAUCCCCAGGCUGCUGAAGACCUGCUGCUUAGAACUCAGAAGAGGUUUCUGGAAGAGAUGGGAGUCUCGUCUCCUGACACUGAGAUAGACAUGGAAAUGGAGUAUUUCUGUGUCCUUGCAUCAAAACCACAAUAAUCAACAAUGUGGCAUUGGGGUGUGUGUUUAAAAGAGAGGGUUUAUUUUUACCCGUAGAUGUUGCAAUUUGCAAUUUAUGAACUUAAUUACUUGUACUCUUUAUUCUUACUAGAACUCUGUUUUCCUUGCGCAAUGCAGUUGCAUAUGUAAGCUGACGAAGACCUUUGUGCCUUACAACGUAAUCAUUAACACACCUUUUGGUUGUAAGGAUGAGUGUUCAGGCCAGUUUAGAUUAUCUGAUUCUAUCUGAGUCUAGUGGUAUUAUAGACAGACAAGAUAUA